AUGUGGGCUGAGCUCUUGGUUGUGCCCCGCAGGGCCGGGCUGCGGCUGCUGCUGCUGCGGGGCCGGAGCGGCGGGAGCGGCACCAUGAGGCUGCAGGCCCCGCAGUUCCAGGCGCUCUUCACGCCGGGGCUGCGCAGCGUGGCCGAACUGUUUGAGAAGAAGAACUAUGAGCUGAGAAUAGCAGGUGGGGCUGUGAGGGAUUUACUGAGUGGAGUGACACCACAAGACAUCGAUUUUGCCACCACAGCUACACCAGCAGAGAUGAAGGAAAUGUUCACAGCAGCUGGGGUUCGUCUGAUCAAUAACAAAGGAGAAAAACACGGAACCAUCACUGCCAGGCUCCAUGAACAGAAUUUUGAAAUUACCACUCUCCGAAUAGAUGUUGUCACCGAUGGACGGCACGCAGAGGUGGAGUUCACCACUGACUGGCACAAGGAUGCUGAGAGGAGGGAUCUCACUGUCAACUCCAUGUUUUUAGGUUUGGAUGGGACUCUCUAUGAUUUCUUUAAUGGCUAUGAAGACUUGAAAAACAAGAAAAUCAGAUUUGUGGGGAAGGCAGCUGAGAGAAUACAAGAAGAUUAUUUAAGAAUCCUGAGAUACUUCAGAUUUUAUGGAAGAAUUGCAGAGAAACCUGGAGAUCAUGAGCCCAGUACACUGCAAGCAAUUAAAGAAAAUGCCAAAGGCUUGGCUGGAAUAUCAGGAGAAAGGAUUUGGGUGGAACUGAAAAAAAUUCUUCUUGGAAACCAUGUCAAUCAUUUGGUUCAACUUAUGUAUGAGCUGGAUAUUGCCCAGUACAUAGGGUUACCACUCGAUGGGAAUUUAGAGGAAUUUGCCCAAGUCACUAAAAACAUCCAAAACCUGUCUCCAAAACCUGUGACUGUCCUGACAUCCUUGUUCAGGGGGAAGGAUGAUGUCACAAACCUGGACCUGAGGCUGAAAAUCUCCAAGGAGGAAAAAAACCUUGGCCUUUUCUUGGUGAAGCACAGGCAGGAGCUGACCAAAGCCCCGGGGCCAGAACCACUUAGACCAUAUCAGGACUUCCUGAUGGAUUCUAGGGAAGCUAACACCAAUUCCAAGAUCUUUGAGCUCCUGAAGUACCAAGGAGAGGAGAAGCUUUUAAAAGAAAUGCAGGACUGGACUGUGCCCUCUUUCCCUGUCAGUGGCCACGACCUCCGGAAGAUGGGGGUGUCCUCUGGGAAGGAAAUUGGGACAGCACUGCAGCAGCUGAGGGAUGAGUGGAAAAAGAGUGGAUACCACAUGGAUAAAGAGGAACUGCUGAGCUGCCUGAAGAAGCUGUGAAGUGAAUAAUAACAGAACUGUUUGUGCCCUGAUCCGAGUGGAACUGAGCCUCUCACAGCUAGCUGAGCAUGUCACGUUUAACAUUCUCAUUACUAAUUCCUGACUUCUGCAAGGAGGUAAUAAUGUCACCCUGUUUGCCAAAUUCCACCUCCUCAACCUGUCUUUGCUGGUUUUAGUGAUACUUACUGUUUUAUCAUGACUUAGGGCAUUGGAGGUGAGGGCAAGAUUUUUCUCCUUCUUUCUAUAUCCAAAAAAACCCAAAAUUCCCCCCCCAAAAGGUUCUUUGCAUCCUCUAGAUGCAAAUCAAAAAUCAUGGAGAGGUUUUCAUGUGCCUAGGAGACUGUGUGGAAAUAAAAGGUUCUACUUUAACUCUUUUUUGUACUUAAAACUGGAUAACAGAUAGAAAUACUCACUCCAGCAGUCCCCAAAAGCCUUGCCAUGGAAAACCAGGCUGUUUUCUAGGACUGAUUUUAUAUUCCAGAAUCAGUUUUAGGUUAAAAGGAUGACUUGUCUGAAUGAGCAUCAUGAAUUUUCAGUAGUUUUUCAGUAACUUAUCACUGAAUAACUAAAUCCACAGUAAGCUGGUGAAGGUUCUACGUUGGAUUUUCAACUUCAGGUGUGAAACAAACUAUUAAUUAACAAGGGAAGAUCCAGCUCCUUGCCUUGGGCAUUUGGGGAUUGGGUGCAGAGCUCUUCCUGGUCUUUAUGAAUGUCUUCCUGUCCUUGGGAUUUUUUUGGCGUGCUGUUAAAAGAUCUGAGAGCAGAUCUGGUGUGUAUAAAUCUUGUUGCAGGUUGAAGUUUUCCUGCAGAACCAUGGUAACAAAUAAAUUCCUUUGGAUUUCA